GGGGGCUCAGAUAUGGAGGCAAAUGGGAGCCAAGGCACCUCGGGCAGCGCCAACGACUCCCAGCACGACCCCGGUAAAAUGUUUAUCGGUGGACUGAGCUGGCAGACCUCACCAGAUAGCCUUAGAGACUAUUUUAGCAAAUUUGGAGAAAUUAGAGAAUGUAUGGUCAUGAGAGAUCCCACUACGAAACGCUCCAGAGGCUUCGGUUUCGUCACGUUCGCAGACCCAGCAAGUGUAGAUAAAGUAUUAGGUCAGCCCCACCAUGAGUUAGAUUCCAAGACGAUUGACCCUAAAGUUGCAUUUCCUCGUCGGGCGCAACCCAAGAUGGUCACAAGAACAAAGAAAAUAUUUGUAGGCGGAUUAUCUGCGAACACGGUGGUGGAAGACGUGAAGCAGUACUUCGAACAGUUCGGCAAGGUGGAGGACGCAAUGCUGAUGUUUGAUAAGACGACCAACAGGCACAGAGGGUUUGGCUUUGUCACGUUUGAGAAUGAAGAUGUUGUGGAGAAAGUCUGUGAGAUUCAUUUCCAUGAAAUCAAUAAUAAAAUGGUAGAAUGUAAGAAAGCUCAGCCUAAGGAAGUCAUGUUCCCACCGGGGACAAGAGGCCGGGCCCGGGGACUGCCUUACACCAUGGAUGCGUUCAUGCUUGGCAUGGGAAUGCUAGGCUACCCCAACUUUGUGGCGACCUACGGCCGCGGCUACCCUGGAUUUGCUCCUAGCUAUGGCUAUCAGUUCCCAGGCUUCCCAGCAGCGGCUUACGGACCAGUGGCGGCAGCGGCGGUGGCGGCUGCAAGAGGAUCAGUCCUGAAUAGCUACAGUGCUCAACCGAAUUUUGGCGCGCCCGCUUCCCCGGCAGGCUCCAACCCCGCGCGGCCCGGAGGCUUCCCGGGGGCCAACAGCCCAGGACCUGUCGCCGAUCUGUACGGCCCUGCCAGCCAGGACUCCGGAGUGGGGAAUUACAUAAGUGCAGCCAGCCCACAACCGGGCUCAGGCUUCGGCCACGGCAUAGCUGGACCUUUGAUUGCAACGGCCUUUACAAAUGGAUACCAUUGAGCAGGUGCUUCUGUUGCCAGCCCACUCUGAGGUACUACCUUCUCUGCCCUGUGUCCCCGCCCUGCCGGGCACGUCACACCUGUGUGCGCCCCGGUGUUCAAGUAUGCACAGGCCCUGGCCUCAUCGCGCUGGCGCCUCUCUCUCCUCCUCCCCGACCCCUUAGAAGUGGGGUGGGGGCCAAAAAUCCAGUCUUUUACUCUCUCAUCCCUUUCUCCAGCUGUAAUCAUGACCCCUACCUGUUUGUUUUUUUUUUCUUGAUUUGAGUCUUUUGAUCCCUUAUCUUCUUCCCCAUCUCUCAUCUCUCUCUGUCUUGAAAUUACGAUCAAGAGUGUAGGAAACUGGAAGGUGAUCUCGUGCUAGAUCUGUCCCAGGGGGACAGAGGUAGGAGAACCCCAGGGUUCGGCCAAGCCGGGGACUGGGGCCAACCCCUCCAGGGUCCCGCAAGAUGGCCUUUCAGGUCCCUGGAUCCUUUCGGUCCCCCAACGCUCUCUGGCUUUGGCUCCUGGGGUUCAUGCAGUCAUACAGCCAGACUCCAUCUUUUAGUGAAAAGAAAACAUUUUUGCCAGUAACUACUGAGUAAUUAUCCAGAUUACCGCACGAAAAGCAAAUUAAAUUAACGACAUCACCUGCGUAACAUGGAUUUGGAUCCCUGCCAGUUUCCUAACCUUUUAAACUGAGCUCAAGUUAAUUAAACUUUUUUUUUAAAUCACUUUGAUGGGGAUAUGGAAGGGGCGGAGUGGAGGAGAAGGGGAGGCUGGGGCAGUCAGUGAGGGAGCCUCUUGCCACAGUCUCAUUGGAAAAUAAGUAUCUGUUGCUCUUGGGAAGAACCCCAAGAAGGUAGAGGGGUUCUCUCGUGAAAGCUGAGUGCAUACUGUGUUCGCGCGUUAGCCUGGGGGCUUGAAACGUGGGUCUGUCUCUCUGGAAGGGAGAGGGUGACAGCUGAGGCUGGGCCUGGGUUCCCACUGGGGCAGAGCGUGCUCUCCCCCACCCACCCCGGGAGCUGGGACAGAGGAGAAGCGAGGCUGAAGAUGGACUUGCCACUUUGGUUUGCAGUUAAUGGGACAGCUCUCUCACAGAGGGGGGUCACUCUAAGCCCCAAGUCAGCCAGGACUCUCGAGGGUGGGCCCAGUGGAGAGGACCAGAUUGAGUUGAGUUCCAUAGAUCUCUCUUGGAUUUCUCUACUGUUGCUGCUAAGGAAUCAGCUCAACUAAUGCAACUGCCUCUCUUAACCAAAUAAAGCCCGUGUGUGAUUCUCCCCACCCCUCACCUCCACUUCCCUUCGAGCACUGACCCCAGCCAUUGCUGGCCAGCGCCAGAGGCCACUAACAGUUUGAAGGAGAGCUACUCACUACUAAUUAAGCUGGGUUUGGGGGCCCAGGGGAAGUAAGGUUCCUCUGAGCAAAGGGGACUGAACUCCCCAAGAACUCUGGGGAUUGGAGGUGGUUCGAGCCCUUUGUGGAGUCAGAUGAGGAGGGGAUGGAACAGGUACCGGGCACAGCAGGUCCCCGCAAGGUCAGACCCCGAAGCUGCCCUGCCCCACCGCCCUGGCGCUCUUCCUCCCCUGGAAAUGAGGGUGGGGUAGGGCUUCCCACCACAGCCCACCCUCCCUUCCACAGCCGCUGUAGGAGCCGGGGGAGGGCAAGGCACCCACCCCAUCCUCCUCAUCCAGCUCUAGGACCCGGUUCCCACAGAAGGGAUAUCACAUUUGAGAGAUUGAUAGUAGCACCCCACCCCCAAAAUGGGAUCACAUGUACAAACCGAAACACGCAAUUUGUCCAUAACCGAGGUUUCCUUCUCUGACAUUUAGUGCCCUCCACAAGGGAGGCGCCCAGGCUUGAUUCAGGGAGACUCAAGUCUGUGUGAGUCGCGGGUCUCUCUUUGUUUACUGUAACCAAAGCUGGUUAUUUGUUGCAUAUGUUUUCCUGACUUCAAGCCCUUGAUAUGAGAUAUAAUUUUUUUAGAUUUUUUUUAAUUUGCAUUUUCAGUUAUUGGCAGUCAUUGAUGGUAUUUGAUAAAGCAGCUUUUUUAAACAUUUGGCUUUGAAGACCAGAAGUUUAACCAGAAUUUAAAAAAAAAAAACAAAAUCCCUUGUCAGUUUGCAAUUCACCAAUGGAGCCGAACACCCAGUGUGGCCACAUCUGCUGACCACAUUUCCUGCCACUGCCCACGCCCAAGAAUUCAACAGUGCUGUAGCAAGUCAGCGGAAUAGCAAAUCAGCAAAAAUGAGUGGCAGGGCUGUCCGCUCCCCAGUGUCAGGCGUGGCGAAGAUGCCCGAUUUUCCAAGCAGUGAUCCCAGGAAGCUGUUAGCCCCGCCGUUUCCAGUCAUGAGUUGAGCAGCCUGUUGUAGUUCUACCCUGAAAGCACUAGUUAAAAAGUUGGACUAAAUAGUACGUCUGCCUGACACAUCUUCUCUCUCCUCCCGCUUCCCACUUUAUGUUCUCCUCUGGGCAUCCGUGACCUUCCGCACCCUGCAGAGCAUACCUGGAUGUCCAGGCAAGACUGGGCGAAGUUUCUGAGUGGCCCUUUGUUUAGGUGAUGUCAUCAGACCUGGACCCCCACCAGCCUCACUCCCCAUCCCAACCAGAGAUGGCUCACUUCGGAUCGAGGGUUGACUACAUCUCAUCAUCUCACGAAUCUGCUGUAAUAUAAGACAACAGCUUUUAAAUGUGUAUAUAACCCAUGAUUUUUGGUUUUGUUUUGUUU